GCCUGGGAGGCAGAUGAGGCCUCCUCCUGUAGCCCGUCCUGCUCCGGCUCACACAUCUGAUGAAGACGAUGUUUAUCUGGAUCCAAAUGAAGAACAGGAAGAUAAUGAAGAUAAUGACGUGUAUUUAGAGCCAGAGGCAGCUUGUUCACCUCCCCCACGGGGGCUGCUGCCAUCUCCCAAAACUGGACCUCCUGCCCACAAACCAAUGAUGAAACCUCCAGUUCCAAGAGCUCAGACUCAUUCAGCAUUUCCUUCCUUGAAUGAGGUGAAAACAACUCCGGAUGAAGAGAGACGGGCCAGUUUUCCCACCAAACUCCCCCCACCACCAACUCCCGGAGCCAAGCCUCCUUUCCCUGUGACCAGGAAGGAGCCUAAACCCAUGCCUCCUGUUCCUUCAAUCACAGACACAAAAUCUGUGGGUGGUUUAAGAAAACUGUCUGGAAAUGAGGAUAAAGAGUGGUUUGCAGGAGACUGCAACAGAAAAAAAGCUGAGGAGCUUCUACAGAAAGUCAGAAAGGACGGUGCCUUCCUCAUCAGAUACAGCUCCAACCAGACCCCCCAGCAGCCGUACACCCUGGCCAUGCUCUACCAGCAGAAGGUCUACAACAUCCCCAUCAGGUUCACUGGAGACACUCACAGCUACGCCCUCGGAAAGGAGGGAAAAAUCAACGAAAUUGUUUUCGCCAGCCUCGACGAGAUGAUCUCUUACCACAGGCAGAACCAAAUACUUCUGAUUGACAGCAGGAGCCAGGCCAAGCACACAGCAAGCCUAACACAAGCUGUGCGGCCUUGAGGCAACCCUGACUCUCAACUAACUCAACACGUUCCUUUUUUUUUUAAAAGUCUGCGCGGUCGGUGAAACCUGGCACCAGAGGACAAAGAGAUGUUGAAAGUGCUCCUCGACACACCAGCUGCGCGAUACGACAGCACUAAAGCUCAGAGAUCAUCGAAACGAUUGUUCUCGUAAUAUUCCUCUGGUGACACAAAAACUGAGGCUUCAGCAGCUGAAGGAAUCGAGUCUUUCUGUCGAUAAAAAACAGUAAAUUUGUUGCUGCUCGUCUGCAUCACUCUGCUUCAUCAGCUGCAGAUAAAUGUCUAAUUUUUGUUUAAACAUCACUCACAGCAAAGUCGUAAAACAAAACAAUGAACUACAUUAAAUGGGGCAGUUUGAAA